CUCCUGGGAGGAGCUCUGCGCUCCUGAUGUUGUAGGUUUUAGCCAUGGUAUCGUAUCGGUAUCGAUAUUUAGGCAGGUAUCCAAGUCCUAACUCUGUUAUUGUGUCAACACUGGGUGCAGUUAUUGGAUUGAUUCGACCAAGAUUCCCCUCAUCACAGCACCCUGCCUGUACUAGGAAAUGGUGACUCAAUGGGAAUCCAGCGCGCCUCCUCCGUGGGCCUGGCCUUUGUUACAAAUAAGUGUGUUGAAAUUAUUGUUAAGAGCGUGUUUUGGAGGACGAGGGGGAAGCGACAGACAUUGUUUUGUUUGGAGCUCGCUGUCCUACUUUAGGGAGGCUUCCUCCUGGCUUCCUGCAGAACAAUGAGGCGUGAGAGCGGGCUGCCACGCCGACGGGACAGCUGUGCGCUGGAAUGGAGGGAAGAGAUGGGCCGGCGGAGGAAGCGGCCCUUUGUGGUCACAUCCUCCUCGGGGGGCCUGGCCAGCGUCCCCCUCUUCACAGGCGAGCCGCGGCACAGCUGCAGCCGCUCCUGGGAGCAGGAUACAGCCGGUCGCCUGUCCCCGCCGCCGCAUCUGUCCUGUCCUUUGUUUGGGCCGCUGGUCGACCUGCCCGGGGCGCUGGCUCCAGGCGGACUCCUCCUUUAUCUGUCGAGUUUGAUUGAAUAGAGAGCGUUGUUCGGAGUGGCGUCGACGUCGUGCUUCCCGACUUCUACCCAGUUGGUUUUGAGGGAGUGCCUUUCUGUCGCAACGCAAGUUCACCCUGAUGGCUGAUGAGGCAGCGUUUCUCCAAUAGUGCGCCGUUCUAGUGCUGUAAUGGUUUGACAAUGCUGGCAAAGGAUUAAAUUCAUGCGGAUGCUUCAUUUCAAACUCAAUGCCCGGAAACACAUGGACUAGAGCACUGAGAGAGGAGGGCACCGUUGGUCCAAUCAGAACAGAGGGACAGCAGGAGAGUCGAGGAGAAGUUGCAUGAGGACGCAUCCUUACUUUUUCCUGUAUUUUUAUUUUUUUGUCUCUCUCGCCGAGGGUAUUGUGUUUAGUAGGACACACCCCGGCCCUCUGAAGCUCAUCCCUCUGCGUCCCAAAUUGCCCUCCCCCCUCCUCCCGAGCACACACUCCCCUCCCUGUGCAGGCUGGUACCCGGCCCUCCAGCCUGCUGCGGGCCCUUCCUGAGCGGCGGCAGCUGCGUCCUGCUUGCUGCCUCCCGUCCCUCCCCGGGCUUCCUGGCCUUGGUCAGACCAGAGGCUAGAGACCCUGCUACGUUACCCCAUGCCCCGCCCCCCCCCCGGACCCACCCACCUGGCCCGUCGUCUCCGCGGGGCCCUCUGAUACACGCACGCACAUUUCCCCGAAUAGACUGCUGAAGGCUCUCUGACUGUAGUCUGACGGGCGUCACCUUGGUGCUACAUACCUGGACCCGCCACAAGGCCGCAUCAAUCGGGCCCGCUAGCCCGGUCUCCCCGCUGCCCCACCCGCCCCGCACCACCCGCCCCCCUGGAGCCCGCCGGCAUGACCACGAUGUCCAGCCUGUUCUCCUUCACCAGCCCGGCAGUCAAACGGCUGCUGGGCUGGAAGCAGGGCGACGAGGAGGAGAAGUGGGCCGAGAAGGCGGUGGACGCGCUGGUGAAGAAGCUGAAGAAGAAGAAGGGCGCCAUGGAGGACCUGGAGAAGGCCCUGAGCAGCCCCGGGCAGCCCAGCAAGUGUGUCACCAUCCCGCGCUCGCUGGACGGCCGGCUUCAGGUGUCCCACCGGAAGGGGCUCCCCCAUGUCAUCUACUGCCGUGUGUGGCGCUGGCCCGACCUGCAGUCCCACCACGAGCUCAAGCCGCUGGAGGUGUGCGAGUUCCCGUUUGGCUCCAAACAGAAGGAGGUCUGCAUCAACCCCUACCACUACAAGAGGGUGGAGAGUCCUGUGCUCCCCCCGGUGCUGGUGCCGCGCCACAGCGAGUUCAACCCGCAGCACAGCCUCCUGGUGCAGUUCCGCAACCUCACCCACAACGAGCCGCACAUGCCCCUGAACGCCACCUUCCCCGAGUCCUUCCAGCAGCCGCACAGCGCCGGCAGCAGCGGCGGGGGAGGGGGGUCCUUCCCCGUCUCCCCCAACUCCCCCUACCCGUCGUCUCCGGCCGGCAGCGGGACCUACCCCAACUCCCCCGCCAGCUCGGGCCCUUCCAGUCCAUUCCAGCUCCCUGCCGACACCCCGCCCCCAGCCUACAUGCCUCCUGAUGAGCAGAUGGGCCCAGACAGCCAGUCCAUGGAGACCAGCAGCACCACCACCGUGGUGCCUCUGAACAUGCCCAGAGGAGACGUACAGCCGGUGGAGUACGAGGAGCCCAGCCACUGGUGCUCCAUCGUCUACUACGAGCUCAACAACCGCGUGGGCGAGGCCUACCACGCCUCCUCCACCAGCGUGCUGGUGGACGGCUUCACCGACCCCUCGAACAACAAGAACCGCUUCUGCCUCGGCCUGUUGUCCAACGUCAACCGCAACUCCACCAUCGAGAACACCCGCCGGCACAUCGGCAAAGGUGUGCACCUGUACUACGUCGGGGGAGAGGUGUACGCCGAGUGCCUCAGCGACACCAGCAUCUUCGUCCAGAGCCGCAACUGCAACUACCACCACGGCUUCCACACCACCACCGUGUGCAAGAUCCCCAGCGGCUGCAGCCUCAAGAUCUUCAACAACCAGGAGUUCGCCCAGCUGCUGGCCCAGUCGGUCAACCACGGCUUCGAGGCCGUCUAUGAGCUCACCAAGAUGUGCACCAUCCGGAUGAGCUUCGUCAAGGGCUGGGGAGCGGAGUACCACCGUCAGGAUGUCACUAGCACCCCCUGCUGGAUUGAGGUGCACCUGCACGGGCCCCUGCAGUGGCUGGACAAGGUGCUGACACAAAUGGGGUCGCCUCUGAACCCCAUCUCCUCUGUGUCCUAAUCGGGGUCCCUGGGGAGCCCGGGGGUUCCUUUUCACUUUUUUUUAACAGUUAUUUUUAAGUGUUUUUGGUGAUUCAUAAUUUAAGGUAUAUAAAGGACAAUAUUGGUGCUGUUCUGACCCAUCGCCAUCACCACCUAUUUUCUGUGCCUUAAAAUGUUUGAGGACACGGUGUACUUUCUCCGUCAGCCUACCCAGUAGCAGGACAAAUAACAAUAAUUGAACAAAAAAAAAUCCAAUACCAAACCUACCAAUAGAUUCACAUUUAAUCUCAUCUUUUGUGUUUUCAUCAAUUGAAAUAAAUUAUAUGGCAAAUCUGGACUAAUAUUUCACCACACUACAUAUGAAUGCGUUUUAAAAAGAUGGGUGCAAAGGUUUUAAACCAUGCGCUGUGUACAGCUAGGUGAAACACCUCUUGUUUUAACAUGGUGGGACGUGGCAAUGAGUCAAAAUGAUACUGGUGUAGUCUUUUUGUUUUUUAACAGCUGAACUGUUUACACUUACUGUGGGAGGGAAUCUUAAGUCUGGCUAGAGAAGCAGCAGCAGCAGCCGCCUGGAUCCGGUUGUUUUGAUAAAGCGAGUAUCGCUGCAGGGGAGCGAGAGAAGCCUCCUCUGCAGACAAAGGAAGGGCCCGAGUAGCAGCAAUGACAUGGACAUGGACAUGGACACACUACUGCUCGAAGACACUACCGACCAACAGCCCAACUUCAGGGCCCAGCUCCCGGCCUGUGUCCGACCACGGUGCAGUUUUUACUGUUUUUUUUUUCUCUCCCACAAAUGAUUUGUUUAGUUUUUAAAAGACGGUUUAUUCUUCUCCCUAUUAGGCAUCAAUGGAACUUUACAGCACACUUUCAUUUUCCAUACAUUGUCUAAAAGUCUGAUAUGGACAUGUGUUUUAUAGAAAUAAUUGUUUCCUACUAGACUCGGAUUUCCCAAAUGCUUUCUUUUUUAUAGUCUACUGCUAGAAUCGGAGGGACGGCCUUUUCAAUAAAGUAUGUUUGGCACCUGACAGUCUUUGAUAUGGGAGAACCAUGGCUGAGCAUGUUGUAACAUGCCAUGAGCUAAUAAACUGAUGAAUGUUACAUCUAUUGCAAUAGAAGUAGUCUUUUGUGAUAUAAUGGAAAUGACUUGCCAAGUCUCUUUGUACUUUCAUGUUCAAGUGAAUGAGUGACUGUACUUUCAUACUCACUGUAUUAACAAGAUUGUGCAUUUGUGGACUUUAUUUAAUUUCUCUUGUGAAGGCAUACAAAAUGUAGGUGUGGGUACAACAGCAUAACAGACUUCAUUAGCACAAUAAAAUAAACAGGUUAUUUGUUAUCGAUGA